UUUUGCAUUCGCCAAUAGCGUGUUUCUGUCAUUUAAGGCGGGACUUCCUUGUUGUUUGUUAUGAAAGUACUAGAACUAGCUAUGAUAUCUGCGUCAAAGUCAAAAGUGAUAAGCCUUCUAAGGGCUUCUGCUCUCCUGAAUCACAUCACCGCGACACCGCGCUUUCCUCGGACCCUGUGGAGCCCUCAGCUCCUUUCCAGCAGUGAAAUGGUUGCGUUUAGCAGCACCUCAAGUCAGCUGAAGCCAGAAGAUUCAGGUCCUUCUGAAGACAAGGUCAACCUCACUGAGUCAUGCGUCAAGAGACUUGGUGAGAUCAUGGGGAAAGGCGAGUACCUGAGAAUUCAUGUCGAAGGAGGAGGCUGCUCUGGUUUCCAGUACAAAUUCUCAGUUGAUAGUAAAAGGAAUGAGGAUGACCGAGUGUUUGAGGAGGGCGGCGUGGGCAUCGUUGUGGACCAGGAUAGUCUGGAGUUUGUGAAAGGAGCCACGGUGGAUUUCAGCCAAGAACUGAUCCGCGCCACCUUCCAAGUACUCAAAAAUCCUCGAGCUGAUCACGGCUGCUCCUGCGGCAGCUCCUUCUCGGUUAAACUUUAGCAUUUAUCGGCUGCAUCACCUUGGCAAUACUCCCUGCACUACUGGGGUACCAGCUUCUUACACACAAAGUAUAUUCAUUUCAACGGACAACCAUCACAAGGCUUUUAGUUUGUAAUCUGUGACAAUUAUUUAAUUAUUGGCAGUAUUGUCAAUAACCAUAUUUAGCUUGUAACAGAUUCCUAUAUGGUAAAGUAUCAGCUGAAGUGUGUUUUAGGUUUUUAAUUCAUGCAUGUACGAUAUGUAAAUAGCCAAACAAAUCCUAUUUAUGCGGUUGAAAAUAAAAAAGUUAAGAAUUAUUUUGAAUGUAAUUUUUGUUGAGGUAGGCAUGAUUAUUGUUGAUUAAUCAUGCCUUGAAGCAAAUGAAACAUGACAUCUGCUGCAAGUACACAGACCUACAUUAUUCUACUCAAUACAACUCUAGCAUAACGUAGCUUAAAUUCCACAUUGAGUUUAAGAUUUUAGUCCUGACAUUCCGUGCGUUGCAUGGUGGGGCCCCUCAGUACAUCACUGAUUUGCUAUGCCCCUACUCCUCAGGGCGCAUCCUCCGGUCUUCUGGCCAGGGUCUUCUGAAGAUCCCAAAACUUCCAUUUUUCUGCAUUCUUUCAUAUCUCAAGUUAUCAUAACGUAUAUGUUUUGUUGCAUUUGAACAACUGUAUUGUUGAUAAUAGAGGUAAAUUAUUGGUAUUGUUCAUUAUCAAUAGUGCUAUUUCUAGUGGUAUUUGUAUUGAUCCAUUUGUAGUGUAAUAAUGCUCAUUGUCAUUUCUGUAUUAUUUUUUAUUUUCGCUAACUGCUUAUUUGCUAUCACUAUUACCAUCAUAUUUGUACAUGUCGUAUUUGCUGAUGUUGCUCUAUUGUUGUUGUUGUUGUUUUUGUCUCUCUAAUCCCCCUCUUGUCCCCACAAUUUCCCCCUCUGUCUUCCUUUUUUUUCUCUUUCUAUCCCCUCCUGCUCCGGCCCGGCUGCACCAAAUAGAAUAGAAUAGAAUGGACUUUAUUGUCAUUAUAUUUGCAUAUAUAUAUAACACUAUUUAUAAUGUAUAUCAAUGAAAUAUGUAAAGUAUCAACACUGCUGAAGUUCAUCCUCUUUGCUGACGAUACAACCAUUACAUGUGCAGGUGACGACCUGAAGCAACUUCUGGCCUCUGUAACUGAGGAGAUGAUCAAGUUAAAAACUUGGUUUAAUACCAACAAAUUGUCUCUGAAUUUAAAGAAGACCAAAAUCAUGCUCUUUAGCAAUCGCAAAAGUGAAAUACCCAUCAGGAUUGUUAUUGAUGAUAUACCAAUAGAAUAUGUUCAACAAAAUUCAUUCGUAGGAGUGGUAAUAGAUGAAAAUAUAUCAUGGAAGCCUCAUAUAAGUUACCUAAGGACAAAAGUUGCUAAAUGUGUUGGAAUGAUAAGGAGAUCAUGUCAUUUAUUGAACACCAAUGCUCUGCUUUUAUUGUAUCAUUCAUUUAUUAUGUCCUAUCUAAACUAUUGUGUUGAAGUCUGGGGAAAUUGUUAUAAAUCCCAAUCUAAACUAUUGUGUUGAAGUCUGGGGAAAUUGUUAUAAAUCCCAUCUACAGCCUUUAGUCACUCUGCAGAAAAAGGCCAUUAGGAUUGUGUCCAAUGUUCACUACUUACAUCAUUCAAAUCCACUAUUCAUGGAGUUAAAGCAACUUAAACUGCACGAUGUGAUCAAUUUUAAAACUGCUCAAAUUAUGUUUAGGGCAUCCCAAAACUCUCUACCAUCCAAUAUACAAAACUUAUUCCAGGAUAGAGAUGCUCACCAUAGUUACAGU